CAAGUCGUCACGCAUCGCCAUCGCUCAUCGCGCCAUGGCUGUGAAGGGGGAAGAGCUCACGCAACGCAAGGCGAGCGAGAUGAGCACAUCCAGCGCCGUCAGCGCAGCUCGAGUGCCUUCUGCGUCCGCUCAGCAGAUGUACAUCCUCAAAGCUCGUGAUUCGGUUCAAGUCCUCAAGCAGGAGCUGAGCGCCAUCGCUCUAGCUGACGACCACGAGGGGAAGAAGGAGAGCUAUAAGGAGGCGGAGGACUUUGUGAAGUCGCUGCUCAGCAUGCUACAAAAGGGACAGGUCGCGCCCAGCACGUCUCUCCUCAGCACCUUGCAGCACAUCGUAGCCAUCCAGAAGCGCAGCCUUGAGUACCUCCUCAAGCGCCUGCCCCUCGCCACCUUCAAGGCUGUCGCCGCCCUGCACGAACAGAUGUGGUCGACUGCCAUCCCCGACCUGUACAAUGCCAGGAACAAGGUCGAGAGCCGGAUGGAUCAGAUACUGCACGACGAGUUGAGGGUCGAGAUGGUGCAGUUGUGCCACAAGGCCACAGCGCUGGCUGUGAUGAGGUUGAAGGAGCUGGAAAGGGGCACGACGAGGGAGGCAAUCGACUUGGCCGAGGAUUGCUUCGAAAUCUACUGUCCCGUCAUUAUGCCGAGCAUCAGUGACAUCCUUUCUCACUCCUCUGACGCCUACCUCGGCUGGCUCGACAGCGCCCAACAUCAAAUUGACGUCCUUCACGAGCUCACUCUCUCCAAACUGGGCAGGCACUACGGGCGUCGUCUCCUCACGUCCCAGGUCCUAGGCUCUAUUUGGGUACGCGCACCCACGUACGACAUCUCCUCCGACCUGCUCUGGAUCAGCCGCGCUCUCAGGCCGAGGCGGGAGGACUCGCAGGGGCUGGAUUUGCGAGAGUGGGAUGUGAGGCAGGAGGACUACUGGCACCGCUUCUUCCAGCCCUUUGUGCACCCUUCGUGCGACUUGGAGACGCUGGACGCAGCAGAGACAAAGAAAAGGGCAGAGGUUGUCGAGGGCUUGGUGCGGAAGUGGGUAGAGAGUGGGGGAAACAGCCUAAACGCCCUCAUCCGCGAGACUAUCCGAUCGGUGGGCGAAAUCGAUGAGACCCGACCUCAAGUCCUGGUCAGCAGCGGAGUCACCUUUCAGCUCGUGGACCGCAAGCUCCCCCUCUUCACAGGCGAAGCCGAGAGCUACACCAAGACGACGGACACGCAAGUCAUCCUCGACUACAACUACCUCGAGUUCGGCUUCACCGAGUUUGAGGAGACGCGCAAGCCCGAGAACAAAGAUGGCGACUUCAUCAAGGCGCACAUGCCUCUCAACAAGCUCGCCUCUGCCGAUUUCAAGGUGCAGGUCGCGGGCCAUGCGGUCAUCACGCUCUACUUUGCGGCCGAGGACGAUGAAGACGCCAAUGCUAGUGGACCGAUCCUUACUGCUGAGCGACCCGACGGCGAGCCCUAUCCUUUGGGCGACGAUGACAUCAUUGCUAUUGAGAUACGGUGCAGCGCGGGCAGUGUGGCGCACUACAGGGCUGGAUUGGCUGAUCGCGGCGUGCUGGUGAGCGACCACUAUGUUAACCAGCACUCGCUGGGAAAGGAGAUCUCGGCUCCUAUCUUGGGGCCUUUCAAGCCGAAAGAGCAAGAUGGUGAGGAGUAUCACGACGUCGCGCCGAGCUCGCCCGCGUCACCCCCUCCCGAGCAAGAGCAAGAGGACAAAAUCGACGAUGGUCCACGAGAGCUCAGCCCUCUCGCAGAGCCCAAGACGCUCAACGACACGAACGUCACGGGUACGGUUGCGCCGGCAGCCUCAGUCAAGGGAAGCCCCUCUUCCUCGGAGCUCACUUCGCCUUCGCCGUCCGAGGAGAGUCGCGCGGCUACGCAGACUGGAGCCACCGUGCCUUCUCAGGGAGGCGACAUUCGCGCUCGCACAACGCCCACACCAGCGCCCUCUGACACCAACUCCGGUAAAGGCACGCCGGGCAGCUCGACCAAGUUUGGUCCGGCGCAGAGGAAGGUCAAGAGCGCAGCCCAGCCUGCGGAGAAGAAGAAGAGCGACGAGUCGCAGACGAAGGGCAAGGGUAACCAGUCGCAAGCCAAGAGCAAGAUCGACGAUUCGCAAGCGAAGGGCAGAGCGAAGAAGGACGCGCAGCAGCAACAGACGCAAAAAGGGAACGUACCUAAGGGGCGAGGCCCAGGCCCUGCCACGAAGAAGCGCGCUCAACUUCGGGGAGACGUCACGGACGAGGAUCACGAUGAGGCCGAAGUGCAAAGCCAGACGCAAGUUGCUCGCCGUCAGCCCGCACGCAAGAGCAAGGCCAAUGCAAAGAAGCUCAAGCUGCAGUCAUCUAGCCAAUACGAGAAUGAGUCGCACAGCGAGGAUGGGGAUGAUGAGAAGGAUGGUGGACCGAGCGUUCUGGCUGCCAAGUCGAAGCCCAGGCCGCCGAGCAUGAGCAACGGAGCAAUCGAGAAGGCAACUACCUCGCGCGGCUCUGGAGUCGCUGCGUUGCUGCAGCAGAAGAGGGGAGCUCGUCGAGUCACGGCGCAGCUGCAGAACGGUAGCAAUGAUCAAGGAGGAGAUGACGCAGGUGACCCCAGCCAGUCGUCCACGGCUCAGUCUCUGACCAUCGCGGCCACAACGAAGACCAAGCCUGAAGCUGCGGCAACGAAGAAAAAGUCUGCUACCGCCCCUUGGAUGAUGACUCAGACCGCUCAGAGUAUCCAGCAACGCCAGGCCGAAGAGGCAGCCGCUGGAGAACAAAUCGAGUGGGACGCAAGGUCUGACUCUGAGCGAGACCCUCCAGCCCCGCCCGACCACGGCGAUCAAAUGGACGUCUCCGCACUUAACAUGGGAAGCGCCACCGAAGACGAGGACGACGACAAGAGCAGGGAGCAGCGUCUUCGUACUCCGCAAAGCCCAACGCAGGCUGUACUUCAGCGACGUGCUGCCAAUGCUGCCGCGAGCCAGCCAUCGCCGACUGCGACUUCUCGUAAGCAAGCUACCACGUUCGACCGCGACGCAGCUGCGGGUGCUACGGCCCCACCCGAUCUUACCGUGGGUCCCGCUGCUACCAAGAACAAGAAGCUUCGCCUCAGCGACGUCGGCGAAGAUGAUCAAACGAGCCCCACAGCAGUUUCCACGCGCAACGCUACCAUCGAUGGAGACGUGGUCUCGAUGUAUCUCAGCACCAAAGAAGCCAACACGAUCAAGCGCGCUCGUCAACUUCGAGCUUCAAGGAAGGGCGCCAGCGGAGGGUUUGCGGAGCCAACCGCCACCACCACGGCCACAGCCGCGACCCGCAAGCGCAAGGCUGGAGGGGACUCGCCUGGCAAGAAGCGUCAAAAGGUAGCUCGGGAGAAGACGCCCGAGGUGAAGGAUCAUCACGACGACGUCGAGAACAAGCAGCACUUCCCCGACGCGGAUGACGACGACCUAGGCAGAGCCACCUGGCAGCACAUGCGCAAGGGUAUGCGCCUCGUCAAGUCGACCCUCUCGCCCGAGUCGAACCAAGACUCCGGCAUUGGCGGCAUCGAAUCAGACGACGAUGAUCCCAACCUGCCUCUUCUCCGCCCCCACACACGCGCAAAUGCAACGCGCCAGGGAGCGCACGAGAUGGAGCAGGCUCAGAAGAAGGCGCUGCAGCUCGCCGAGCAGCAGGAGAAGGAGAGCAUCCAGAAGCGCUGUGCUGCGGUGGGGGACAAGUACGAGCGCGAUAUUGAUGAUGCGCAGGUGCGGCUGGACGAGUUGACGAGCUAUAUCACGUCGUUGCAAGGUCGAUUCAAUGAGAUGCAAGCAUGGCGACGAAGGGUUUUUGCCAAUCUCGAGUAAAGCGGCCCGCCGACAAGGCGAUACGCUGUCGGGUCCCUCGUUGCGGCCUCAUCGUCUCACACCUACGCUUUCCUCAUUCGUCAUCCUCAUCUCUCUCUCCCUCUGUGUCCCGGCAAGAGCGCUGUCUCGCCUCGAGAUGAAAUCUACGCGUCAGUUGAGACCACUGACCUCGCAGCGGCCGCUGAGACUACCCCGACCCAAUACAAGACGUAGCAGUGGUUCCCACAAAUUCUCGCCGCAUUGACUGGCCGCAUUGAUGGCAUGUCUGCGUGCAUCGUGAGAGUGUUGACGAAGGGACGCUCAAGCGCCUGCCCGUACGCGCGGUGUGGAUGUGGAUGUUCGUUCG